AUGUUGUUCUUCUUUAAAAUUCUGGUGUUCUCCGCAUUGCUCAUAUUAUUAGCCACGUGUCGACGAAUCGAAGAUUUUUCCGGAAUCGGAUGCGCGUAUUGUAAAGCGAUCAUCUUCCGUCGAAGCGGAGUGGCUAGUCUGCGCAAUCAAAUGUACGAGUUGUGUAAACGUAAAUAUCCCGCUAGUGGUGUGUCAAAUCCGAGACAGCAGAAUUGCCGCAAAUCCGCUGCAAAACAGCUGGAAAAAGCUGAAAAGGAGAUGAUGAAUGGCAGCCGAAAUGCUGAGAAAGUUUGUCGUGUGGCUGGAGUUUGUCUAAGUUCAAGUCGUGCAGUUUUUCCAACACCUCCAACUCGUCCACGUGGAUAA